UCAAGAAAAAGUAGGGGAAAAAAAGAAUCCUCAAAAAUCAUGAUUCCUCUUAGCUAGUAGUUAAGUUCGUACUUUGAUUGUUUUCUUAUAUUUAUAUAGACCCUAUAUAAUGCAGAGAGUUGCUUCUUUUUCAUAGUUAACCAGAAUAGGAAAAAAAAAAAAAAAAAAAAAAUUCAUCAAUCAAACUUCAAGUUCUUUUGUUAAAAGAGCCCACAAAGAACACCGAGGAGAUGAUAUUUUCUUUCACUGAUGAUCUGAUAUGAUCUGAUUUCUGAUAAGCUAGUGAAAUGAAGUGACCUCAUUGGACUUGGUUCGCUUGCAGAACAAAAUAGUACUUAGCCAAGACAUGUCUCAGCAGGAGGAAGGAUGGCCACUGGGUCUGCAGCCACUUAAUGCACGAGUUGGGUUGCCUAGAAACCGGGAUUUUUCAGGCUCAAUCUCCUUCAACACUUUGCUCACUGGCUCACCAACGUGUUCUACUGAUUCUUCCUCAGAUUUAGACACAGAGUCCACAGGGUCUUUCUUUCAUGACAGGAGCAUCACACUUGGAAGCCUUAUAGGCGUUAGUAGCAUUCUAGAGCUGUCCAGAAGAUCAAUUAGGGGAAGAAAAAGCGAACCCUCUAAGGAAAAGAAGACUAACAGCAACAACAAAAGCAACAAGUCCAGAAUAUGGUGCUUUUCUUUGUGCCCAAGUAACACCACUGAUGCCGAGAUCCCCCAAAACGCUCCAUCUCUUGGCCAUUUCCUUGCAGUUGAGAGAAAAGCUGCAAAUGAAUGUAGAAGGAGCCAAUUAAGCCCUACCAUUUACGGACCGGACGAGCUUGCUUUGGCUCAGCCUGUUACAGAACCAAACUCACUGUUUGUCAAUGGCUGCAUCGCUCCUCCUAGGCCAAACCCAUUUUCAGGCACAGAGACGGAAAGGAAAAAAAAUACAGGACUUGAUGAUCAUGACAUUGGGUCAUGUGGAAUCUCUCUGCUUCUUUCAUCAUGCAUUUCUACACAAUCCUCCCACUGAACAUGCCCCUCAAUCACUCUCUUUUCUUUCAUUUUUUUUUUCAGUGUUUAGUUAGUGAUUGUGUUUCAUGUUUUUGGUUGAGAAAAAUAAUAUACAUUAGUACAUUAUCACUGCUUUUAUUUUAUGUUCACUUUGGUCGUACCAUUAGCUCAUUUUAGCUCAUUUUCUUAAUGU